AUGACAAACAAAAUGGCGGGACCCCCCAAACCAAACAAAGAUUGUACUCUAAGAUCCCCUGUUUCAGGCGGGGCCCCCAAACCAAACAAAGAUUGUACUCUAAGAUCCCCUGUUUCAGGCGGGACCCCCCAAACCAAACAAAGAUUGUACUCUAAGAUCCCCUGUUUCAGGCGGGACCCCCCAAACCAAACAAAGAUUGCGGGACCCCCCAAACCAAACAAAGAUUGUACUCUAAGAUCCCCUGUUUCAGGCGGGGCCCCCAAACCAAACAAAGAUUGUACUCUAAGAUCCCCUGUUUCAGGCGGGACCCCCCAAACCAAACAAAGAUUGUACUCUAAGAUCCCCUGUUUCAGGCGGGACCCCCCAAACCAAACAAAGAUUGCGGGACCCCCCAAACCAAACAAAGAUUGUACUCUAAGAUCCCCUGUUUCAGGCGGGGCCCCCAAACCAAACAAAGAUUGUACUCUAAGAUCCCCUGUUUCAGGCGGGACCCCCCAAACCAAACAAAGAUUGUACUCUAAGAUCCCCUGUUUCAGGCGGGACCCCCCAAACCAAACAAAGAUUGCGGGACCCCCCAAACCAAACAAAGAUUGUACUCUAAGACCCCCUGUUUCAGGCGGAGCCCCCAAACCAAACAAAGAUUGUACUCUAAGACCCCCUGUUUCAGGCGGGACCCCCCAAACCAAACAAAGAUUGUACUCUAAGAUCCCCUGUUUCAGGCGGGACCCCCCAAACCAAACAAAGAUUGCGGGACCCCCCAAACCAAACAAAGAUUGUACUCUAAGACCCCCUGUUUCAGGCGGAGCCCCCAAACCAAACAAAGAUUGUACUCUAAGAUCCCCUGUUUUAGGCGGGACCCCCCAAACCAAACAAAUAUUGUACUCUAAGAUCCCCUGUUUCAGGCGGGACCCCCCAAACCAAACAAAGAUUGCGGGUCCCCCAGAGCUGGGCUACAACGUGAUGGUGUUUGACAGCGACAGCCAGAACUUUGCCAAUAUGGACAUGAACUGCUGCGACCUGUGGGACGACAUGGGGCUGGUCUUCUACCUGUACCCCUACAGUCUGGACGGUGUGGUCAUCGAAUAUCUGGCCGACAAAAAGUUGCCAGAUGUGGUACUCUCCAUGACGGUGGAGCUGGUGGGCGGGAAUGUGCGCGCGACUGUCCGGGACGACAAGAACGUCGAGGUCAAUGUCCUGAUGACCGGUGAGGUCCUGCAGGUCCACAGGUGGGCGGUGGUCAUCUUGAGCCGGCAGAAAACUACCGGCGACAUCAUCAUACAGGUGAACCAAACGGUGCAGGUGCUUCCAGCAGCUUUCAGCAAAGCCAAACAGUUCAACUCCCGCGGUCAGGUCUACGUGUCCCAUCCUUUGGCUGCCGGCAAGGUCAAAUACCAAGGUCGCGUCUGCUGUCUGGCGUUCUUCAACGCUUUGGUACCAAAAAAUAUCGAUCCACAGGUGGUUACAAGCUGGUUUACAGAGGCCCAGUGGCCCAACCCUGCCCCAACGGUCAAGGCCAAUUGUCCAGUUGGGGUCAACUACACCGGUCCACCCAUCACAAAAAUUUGGCCCCUCAACACGUCCAACUGCUCCAGCUUUGGAUAUGAAGUCAUACAAGGUCUGCCCCCUAUUGCUCCGCCCUAUUUUACGUGCUUGAGGUCCAAGGAGAACUGCGUCUUCACAGACAACCCAGUCGUUUACUUCGAUGGGUCAGAGUUAUCGUUCCUGAAAGCUGACUUCCCCGAUCAGACGAUGGCCGGAAACUUCACGGUCGCCAUGUUUAUCAAGCCCGAUACCCCGAUGGAGGGCGUUGUUUUGGAUUAUGUGGCUUCCCCGACAAACCUAGACGGAAUCUCUCGGCUGACGCUAACCCUAAACGCCGGUUUAGUAAAUCUGGAGAUGAGAAAUAAACUUGGAGUCUGCUUUAGCUUGACUUCCCUUAAGAUGUUAUCUACGACGUCCUGGGCUGUUGUCUAUUUCAUCUACUCUGCGAUAACCAACAGCGUCGCCCUCUACGUCAACGACACCUCGGUCAGCAAGCCUAUGGGCUGUGUGCGCACAUCUGCCACGACAUCCAUGGGGGUUAUUUACCUUGGCAACAGCCUGACCUUUGACUCGGGUUACCAUGGGAGCGCGGCGUGCCUCACCGUGGCUCAGGGCGUCAUGGACAACACGACGGCCGUGUCGGUCUUCAAAGAGCGGUGUCUAACACUGGACCUGCUUGUCGUCACGGACGGGGGCGCUAACGAUACAGACAUCUGCAAUGCAACAUUGAUAGGGAGAGAAAAACGAUUCAAACUGACCUCAGAGAACAACCAGCCUGACCCGGUUUUGAACCCGAUCAGUGUUGAUUUCGCCCGGUCCGUCCUGGAGUGCGCCUCACGAUGCGCGCGCAUGUCCCAGUGUCGCUCGCUGACGUACCGUAACACAAGCAGGAGCAGCAACUGCGCCCUCUAUGAUUUGGUCACAAGGAAAGGGCUAGUGGCCGAUCCAGGAAACAAGUAUUACACGAUUACCCUUAGCCAAACUUUGUAACGGUGCAGAGGUUCGAAUUAA